AUGUUAAACGCACUUUGUUCAGAUAAUCAGCCUAAAGACCCUAUUAAUUGUCAGCCAAAUUUUAAUACACAGAUUGAAAAUCCUAAUAUAUUUCCAAUGCCCUCCAAUAGGCCCAUAAUACACCAAGAAAACUGUGAACCCAACCUUAUUAAUCCACCAACUAUGCCUAUUUUAUCGCCAGGUAUUAAUACGGCAUCUAUCUGUAAUCCCCAUGUCGCUUCUAAUAUUGCUCAUCCCUCAGUAUCGACGAAUAUAUUACAACCACCACUGAUACCUAACCAUUCAUAUCCUAUAAUUCCUCCAAUUCCUCUACCCUCAACAUAUCCAUCUAUAUCUUCUACAGUACCAUAUUCAUCUAUAUCUUCUCCUACGCCUUAUAAAUCUAGUAAUUUCAUGUAUCCAUCAGUACCUAAUACACAUUUAAGCACUGCACCAUCGUUUAUACAAAACCAAACACCUCGAGUUCAUUCAGAAAUAACGUUAUCGAAUAUUCCACUAGAAAAUAUUAUAAACAAUGGUAUACCUACAGGACAGAGACUCUCAACUGUACUUAACGAAAAUCCUAUAGCAAAAACACAAUUAAUAAACUUCUUAGAAUAUAAUGGUGUACCACCACCAUGGGAUCAACUUUUAGAUUUCGAAACAACCCAACACCACCAACUUCCCGAUCCAGACAAUUUAUUCAGGAAGAUUCGUAAACAGCUUCUAACAUUUGAUAAUGUUAGAACGUGUAUAGUCGAAGCACUUGUAGUUAUUGAAAAGUAUAUCAACAGAGGUAAGGCGUAUUUGGCAGAAGAUCUAAAAGAUCUUUGCCGUGAUAAAACGCUUCUAAAAAAUAUUUUGAAAAGAUUACGUACCAAACCGGCUUAUGAAUUUAGAAGUGAACUGUUUAAAAGAUAUGCUGAUAUAAAAUGUAAGAGUCUUGCUACACAGAAAUCCUUCCGUAAAUUGCGAGAUUGGCUAUUAAAAAUUAAGAGGCGGUUUGCCACGUUAUAA